AUGUGGGGACCCGGCGCCGGGAUGUUGGGGGACGGUGCCGGGGUCGGGGACACCACCAGCUUCUUUUGCGCAGUAGUAGGUGGCCGUGUCGUCGGUCUUCAGGCUGUUCAUCUGCAGCGUGAGCGUGCUCUGGGAGUCGUCCCCGGAGAUGGUGAAGCGCCCUUUGACCGCCGGCGCGUGUCACCCCUGGGCAGAGAGGACCCCCCCCCCAAGCAGGACACACCCCGGAUCAGCCCCCGCUCCUCCACCUUCCUCCUCCUCCUCGCGGCCCUGCCAGGGCUGCGGGCGGCCGAGCAACUGGUCGUGUCCGGAGGGGGCCUCCAGACACCCGGGGGGUCCCUGCGCCUCGUCUGCAAGGCCUCCGGCUUCGACUUCAGCAGCUUCUACAUGCAGUGGGUGCGACAGGCACCCGGGAAGGGGCUCGAGUGGGUCGCAUAUAUUAACAGCGAUGGUAGCAGCACAUCCUACGCGCCGGCGGUGCAAGGGCGCUUCACCAUCUCCAAGGACAACUCCCAGAGCACGGUCACGCUGCAGAUGAACAGCCUGAAGGCCGACGACACGGCCACCUACUACUGCGGGAAAUAUUAUGGUGCUGCUUAUUGUGUGCUGCGGGCGGCCGUGCAACUGGUCGAGUCCGGAGGGGGCCUCCAGACACCCGGGGGGUCCCUGCGCCUCGUCUGCAAGGGCUCCGGCUUCGACUUCGGCUACGUCGGCAUGGAGUGGGCGCGACAGGCGCCCGGGAAGGGGCUCGAGUGGGUCGCGGGUAUUAGCAGGAGCGGUACCUCAUCCUACGCGCCGGAGGUGCAAGGGCGCUUCACCAUCUCCAAGGACAACUCCCAGAGCACGUUCACGCUGCAGAUGAGCAGCCUGAAGGCCGACGACACGGCCACCUACUACUGCGCGAAACAUCCCGAUGGUGUCCCCGACUGUGCCCCGACGUCCCUGCGCUGGGUCCCCACAUCCCGGCAUCUCCCCGAAACCUCGGCACCCACCCUGGACCCUUCCACACAGCCCUGA